AUGGACAGCGAGUCAAUUUCCAGCGUGGACGGCUCUCUCUCGAGGCUAGAGUCCGAAAUCACCAAAAUAAAAAACGAGAUCAAAAACUACCAGAACCGCCGUCGCUACCUGUCCGCAAACCUCGUUUCGUCAGACCAUAUACGCCAGAGAAUUGAAGAAAGCGUCAACGCUUCGUCCGCUGCUGGCCGCGACCUGGUCCCCGUGCUCGACAGUGCGCGCGACCACCGCGAAACAAACUACCACCGCCUGGCCUUCUCCACUACUACGUUCCCAUGGAAGGACCCGAAUCCAUACUCGGACUCACCGAAUCUGUUGGGAGUCCGGAUAGACGUGUGUGAGCGAAGCGGCAAAUUCACCAAGCCGUAUUACGUCCUUCUGCGGCGCGAAAGGAGCGGCGCAAAUAAUAAUAAUAAGAGCGAGUCGUCGCCGCCUCGCUUGUCUGUUUAUCGACAUACGGUUCCUGCCUUUAUUCCGAUUGAAAAACUGGCCCUUCGGUAUCUACCUGUACCGCGGCCUCAGCGACGUGCAACCGAAUCAGGAAGUGUUCUGAAACCGGACAGGACGAGGAAACAAGAUCUCAAGUCGUUUGUUCGCCAUUUAAGAAAGGAACUGGCGGCAUGGCAUCUCCGUCGCGAUUCGAUCACAUGGCUCCAGGAGAACCUUGGUCUUUCGGAAACCGACACGUCCCAAAAAAAUCAAUCGGCGCUGUCCUCGCUUGCUGCGACCUCGCUAGAAUCGAGAUACGCGCGGCUGGAAUGGCGCGAUGGCCGGGUCGGGAGGUUCAAGAUAUCAAACUCGGGUCUGGUCGAACGUGCAGUGGUUAUUGGCGACCAGGGGCGCGACAAGCGAACCGAGGAUGUUUUGACAGGGGGGGAUCGUCGAAUUGAGUCUCUCGUGAGCAGAUUAGCACGGACGUGA